AGGCAUAGGCCAUUAAAGCCUAUGCCUUGUGCCGGCCCUGCUUUGGAAAUAGAUGUACCCAGCAGCUAGACCACCAAUUGGGUGCCCAUUAAGAUUAAAAAAUAAGUUAGGUUUAUAGAAAUAUAAAAGCAUAAGGGAAAGUUUACGUCAGAAGAUACAAGAGAAAAAGGUAUCCAUCAUCACUUUGUCUUCCUCUCUUUGAUUCCAACUGCUUCCUUUUCAUGACACAUCAGAAAUAGAUGAAUACGACACUAAUGGCCACAAACCUUUCUAAACUAAUGAUUAUCUACUGUCUUUAGCGUUUACUACUUUAAAAGAUGACAUUGUAUGUACGUUUAUUGUGUGGCAUUGCUAAGUUCUUGUCAUCACAUUGUACAAGGACCUAUAGUUGUGUAUCAAAUGUAUUCUUGAUGUCAUUAUUCUUUGACAGGUAUGUGCCAUCUUUUCUGCCACCUCCAUCUCAUGGAAGAGAACUUGAGGAAAAGCCUGUUAGCCAUUUUGAUGAGUUGCCAGAAGAUUUUGAUCCUAGCGGCAAGUUUCCAGGUUCAUUUGAUGAUGGAGAUCCACAAACAACAAAUUUAUAUGUUGGGAAUCUCUCUCCCAAGGUGGACGAGAACUUUCUUUUGACAACAUUUGGGAGGUUUGGACACAUUGCCAGUGUGAAAAUAAUGAGGCCACGAACAGAAGAACGGAGACGGAAGAGAAAUUGUGGCUUUGUUGCUUUCAUGAAUAGAGCUGAUGGACAAGCUGCCAAAGAUGAAAUGCAAGGAGUGGUGGUUUAUGAAUAUGAAUUGAAGAUUGGCUGGGGUAAAUCAGUAGCUCUUCCAGCGCAGGCACUGCCUGCUCCUCCACCUGGUUACAUGGCUAUCAGAAAUAAGGAGGGCAACACUGUUAUAAUAUCUGGACCUGAUGGUGCACCAGUUACUAGUCAAAGCUCUGAGUUGGUUCUUACCCCAAAUAUUCCAGACAUUGUGGUUGUGACUCCUGAUCGACACAAUGGCAUUGUAUGUUCUUGACGGUGGAUGUGCUUUUGAACAAGCUGUAAUGGAGCAGGGCCGUGGCAUCAAAGGAUCUUGGAUUUGGAUCUAUUCGAAUCGAAAUUGGGCUCGAAUCGGAGUUUAAACGAGAAGAUCAAGCUUUGGGUCGAUUUGGAUCGUUCGUUGAAGAUUGGAGAGAUCUGAGCUAUCCGUUGAGAAUUUGAUCCAUCCGACCUAAUUAGGAGCAGAUCUGAGCCAUUGAUGAAAAUCCAGAAGUUUUGAUCCAGAUCUGAGUUCAUCCAGCCGUUGAUCCAGCCCGAAACAUUCUGGACCGUUCAUCGAAUAUUGGACAGAUCUAGACCAUCCAGUGAAGAUCUGGUCGAUCCGACCUAAGGGAGAGUAGAUCCAGACCCUAGAUCAAGAUCAGUAACUCCGGAUUGGACUUUAGGUGACUUUUCACCGUUGAUCAAGCUCCAAAUCAAUCACAGCCGUCCGUUCAGAUCUGGAACAGAUACAAAACAGAAGCUAUAGUAGCUUCCAGGCUUCGUCAAUCCUCCACAGCGCGCAGCUUCGUCCCGGUGCGUGGCUUCUUCCGGAUUCUGGCCCCUUUCCUUCUCCGAUCAACUCUUUCAAGCUUCGACCUCGGCGGUGAGCUUCUCGGCGGCUUCAUUCCGAUCAUCUGGACCCGUCGUUGGGUGGUUCCUCUGGCGGAAUUUCUCUCCCGGCCUUCUCUAUUCCAGCGCCGAUUUGGAGGUGGUCUUCCAAUCGGCGACUCCGAUUCCCAUCAGCAACAUUUGGAGGUGGUCUUCCGGUGUUCCUGAGCUCCAUCCGACAUCACACCACCAUCCACAGCGUCAUUCCAGAUUCAGAGUUUGAGGUUGCAGAAAUCCAGAUUUUCGGCCAUUAUUGGGUUUAGGGUUGUUUCCAGCGUGUCGGGGGUGGUCCGUCGGCACUGUUGAGCACUCCUUGAACUGAGACGCAGCUGAGAUGCUCCACUGAGGUCCAGAGUUGGGUGCUCUCAACUUUGGCAUUCUUGUGUGACGGCAAGAGUGUGAAGUUUGUAUGGAUUGGUUGUGAGUUUGAUCGGUUAGGGUUUAUUUCAUUUUGUUACUGUUUUUUACAACUUAGAACAUAUUCAUUUUAAUGUUUGUUAUGUUUUAACAAGUAAUCUAGCAUUUCAUUUCCUUGUUUAA